AUGUCCAAGGUGCAAAUGAUUGUCUCUUCCGCAACCCUCUACAACCUCCCCGACAACGGUGGGCUAGUGCCAGCCCGCGCUGGCCAUAGCAGACAUGGACCCGACGCCCAGCAACCUCCUUGGUCAUCUGCGCACCGCCCUUUCGCCUACCUUCCUCAACCUGGCCCCAGCAACCGACCCAGCUUUCUCGACGAACCACCCUUGUCGAACCAACCUCUCAACGCGGCCCCAAACCUCCGAUGCAACACCUGCAAGCAGAUGCAACCUGUCGUGACCUACGAAUCUCGUUCUAUGCUAGGCCUGUCACCUCGGACUAGAACACCACCCGUCUCAGCAAUGUCGACGGUACAUACUCGCAGCCUCCCCAAGCCCACCGCCUGUGCAACCCUUCCCUUCUCGGCCCCUUCCCAGAACCCGUCUCACCCGAGUCAGCAGCCUUCUGAUGGCGCGACACUCAAGCAAUACCUAGACGCCUGGGUGCAGAAGGUGGAAGUCAAGGUUCAAGAGUGGCUCGCACCGCUGCAGGCACAGGUCCGAUCCUUCGCGACUGAGCUAGACAAGGUUCAACGCUCGCAGCCUCACACACAACCCCAAACCGCUCUUUCGGGCCUGGCUGCCCAACCGGCAUUGUCCUGCUCCCUUCCUCUCCCCUCAAGCUUGCUAAACCCAGGUGAGUGGUCUCUCUUCCGUCUCUUCCCCUGGGUCUCCUCAGAGAUUGCCAACACAAUCUCCCUUGACCAUCUCACCAUUGUUGACCUUAUCAAGCUGUGCAAUCCUGCCAGCUCUACAGUCAGCAAAGAGACACCCACCAUGCUCACAGUCCAGGGCAUCCAGAUCAACAUCACCAGCACCUCCUCCACCAGACCACUGAAAGCAUUUUUCAAGGCCAUCCUGGACAUUACAACUUUCUGCCAGGUCUGGGUGGUCUAUGUUUCACUCAGGACUGCUGCAAGUUUUGACCUGGCUCUAGGACCUGCACUUAACCAUUUCCUGGUCCAUGUUAUUGACCUGGAUAGGAACUAUCCUUGUGUGAACAUCACAGAAAGCCUCAUGCUGCCCAACUCAAGCCUAAGUGUGGUGACACAUGCUGGUGCUAGAAGAACACCACUUGCACCAGCACAAACUGCAAGUAUCAACACAUCUGCACCACAUGCCAUGGUAAACAUGUGGAAAAAGCCUGCCCUUCAGCCUCCCAGCUUGCCUUGGCCCCUUCUUCCAAUGCUAAGACCAUCAGCAAUGUGGGAGGCAAAGUGUAAUGACACAGGCCACACUAGGUGCACCACAGCCUCCCCACCUAGUGUCUUCCCCCAGCCAUGCUUCUGGCUGCCAACAGACUCACUUGUCUACCCUGCCACACCCGGCUAA